AUGCCUCACCACCGCGAGUCCCAGGAGGCGGACUACGAGGUCGAUGGAGAACCUAUUGGCCGACGCACCUCAGCUCUAGAGGAGGCUCCUACACUUGUGCCUCCUUCAGGUUUGGGGAGUCUCCCUCUUGCUCGUCGCAGAAGCAAUGCGUCUCGGGUAACUUUCGAAGAUAGCCACCCAGAGGAUCUUGAUGCCUUGGUUCGCAGCGCAUCGGCGAUCAGCCGGCUUCACUCUCGGGAUAGACGAGAAUCGCUGGACAAUCUAUUCGAGCUACCACAUAUCCAGCGGCCGCGUGCUGCGAAACCUGGCCCUGAGAGUAUUAUUCGAGAGGUACCGUCGACCCUCAACACUCCUAUCCCAACUCGCCCGUCAUCUCCGACCUUCGGCUUCGCAACUUCGGGCACAGUGUCACCUGUUGGCCCUUCGGGAACGCAAACUCCUGCAGAGUACGAGAUUGGUACUGGUCAGGCUUAUCCGGAUGUUGGCACGAUUAAGUCUACGCGAGGUGCUGUGAUUUUGCUCUGCACGUGCGGCGCUCAGUUGAUGGACAAUGUCUUCAUGACGGGUGUCAAUAUUGCGCUACCUGCUAUCCAGAAGGAUUUCAACGUUCCGAACAGUGAUCUCCAAUGGCUUAUUUCAGCCUACACACUUACGUUUGGUGGCUUUUUGCUUCUGUCUGGCGUUCUUGCAGACAGAUAUGGACGACGACUUGUCUUCUGCGCCGGCAUGGCUCUCUUGAGUAUCUGGACUUUGGCCGACGGCGUUGCCACGUCAUUUAUCCAACUCGCAAUCUUCCGUGCCCUUCAAGGCAUUGGUGCUGCUGUUACAGUGCCAUCGGCUGUGGGCAUCAUCAGCAACUACUUUGUCGCCAAGGACCGCACACCAGCUUUGACCAUUUUCGGCGCAGCUGGUGCGGUCGGAUUCUGCCUCGGCCUCAUUUUCGGAGGUUUCCUCACUUCCUCCCUCGGCUGGCGCUACGUAUUUUACGUAUCGACGUGUGUCACUAGCCUCCUAGGAAUCCUUGGCUGGUUUGUCCUUCCCAAGGAUCGAAUGGAUGGCCAGGUGAGACCGAAGCUGGACUUUGCCGGAGCUGGCUUGUCGACAGCUGGACUCAUUUUGCUGAGUUUCGUGCUCUCGAGUGGAGGUGAAUACGGCUGGGGCAAGGCUUUCGUCAUUGUCUUGCUAGUUCUGAGCGUUGGCCUCAUUGUCUUGUUCACAUACGUCGAGAAGAAAGUCUCAAAUCCGAUCAUGCCGCUGUCUCUUUGGAAACUGGACAACUUUGCUGCACUUUGGAUCGGAGGAUUUGUCUCUUACGGCGGCUACCAAACAACAAUCUACUAUACGACACUCAUCACCCAAGAGGUUAAUGAGCUGAGCGCUGGCCAAACCGCACUUCGAUUCCUUCCCAUGGGAUGCACAGGGUUCAUUGUUAGCCUCUCUAUGUCUCGGAUGCUGGAGCACUUCAACACAAAGAUUCUGCUGGUUGUUGGCAUGGCUACCUGUGCCAUUGCCCCCAUUUCCUCGGCACUGAUGAAAGAAGGCGACAUCAAUUUCUGGAAGCACGUCUUCCCAACCACCAUCAUUGGUGUUGCUGGUACCACCAUUGUAUACUGCACGAUCACAGUAGUGCUGUUGGAUUCAGUGCCAACCAACGUCAAGAGCUUGUGUGGAGGAAUGAUCAACACUGCUUUCCAGAUAGGCAGCGGCGUAGGACUUGCGCUUGCGAGUGCUAUUGUCCAGGCUGUCGAUACUAGCAAGGGUCACAGUAUAUUGCAACAGUAUUGCACGGGACUGUGGUGCUGCGUCGGCCUUGCGGGUGUUGGCAUGGUAGCCACCAGCGUCGGAGUUAAGAACAGGGUUUGA